UCAUCACAUACGCCCUCGUCGCUGAGCAGAAACAGUUGUGCGCUCCGGAGAACAAGACGACAGCCGGUUACCAACAAAAUAUUUGAUCCAUUUUGGUCCCAUAAGCCAGUCGAGGUUGUUCGAAUAUCGAAUAUGGUCUGUGGCGGCUUCACCUGCUCCAAAAAUGCUCUCUGUGCCCUGAAUGUGGUUUACAUGCUGGUGGGGCUGCUGCUGAUAGGCGUAGCAGCAUGGGGGAAGGGGUUCGGCUUAGUGUCGAGCAUCCACAUCAUCGGCGGGGUCAUCGCGGUGGGCGUCUUCCUGCUGCUCAUCGCCAUCGUGGGACUCAUCGGAGCAAUGCACCACCACCAAGUCAUGCUGUUCUUCUACAUGGUCAUCCUUUUCAUCGUUUUCCUGUUCCAGUUAGGAGUUUCCUGUUCCUGCUUGGCAAUGAACCGCGGGCAGCAGGAGACACUCCUGAACUCCGCGUGGGGAAUGUUGGAAAACAAGACUAAGACCGACCUGGAGAGUCAGCUGAACUGCUGCGGGCUGCUCAACGGCACCGACAGCCGGGCACAGUUUGAACUGGACGUGCAAAACUGCCCCGCUUUGUGCAAACAGAAAACUUCUUGCUACACCUGCGGACUAAAGAUGUUGGAUCAUGCAACCGAGGCCCUGAAGAUCCUCGGGGGCGUCGGACUCUUCUUCAGCUUUACAGAAAUCUUGGGGGUGUGGCUGGCCGUGCGCUACAGGAACCAGAAGGAUCCACGAGCAAACCCAAGUGCUUUCCUAUAGUGUGUCUCUCACACGCAGAGCAGCGCCGCAGAAGCAGUUUCAAAACACACUGGUACACGCUAAAUCACGCACAUCUAGAGGCAUACAAACACAGCCGACACAACAUCAGCGAAUGGACGAGCGCACGCAGCACCUGACACACUGAGCAGCAUUACACACAGACACACACACACACACACACACACACACACACACACACACACAUUCACCUGAGACUUGAGAAGCUACAUCCACCUGUCCAGAAAUGUUUGCCAGAGUUGAAGCUGGAAGACUGGAUACUUAUGUAUGAAAGGAGAAGCUGUGAUACCCAGAAGUGCGGUAUGUUGACCCAACCUUGAUUUGAGUAUCAGAUUUCCUGCUAGAUCCCCGACCUAUGUAACAAGCGAUGAGACAUCUCUGCAUGUGUCCUGCGCUCUGCACGGACAAAACAGCCUCUUUGUUGAUUCCAUUCCACAUGCCAACUUAAUAACGACUGUGCCGUGUCCGACUAAUAACAUGUAUGCACCUUGAAGUUUUCCCUCUCGUCUCUAAUGUAGUGCCACAAAUAUACUCCUCUGGUCAGUGCUAUCGGUGAUGUGUAGAACUGUGUACCCAAACAUGUCCAGUUUGAGUCAGCUGAAGGGGGGAAAUAAAAACUCGACUUGUGGUGUAAAGUAGUUUUUGAAACUGUAUGUAAAUGUUUUUUUUCACAUGCUUCAACAAAAAAAAAAAGAAGAAGAAGUCAGGGUUAAACAGGAUAAGGACGCGAGAAAAAUAGAUUUUAGGUAAUGUUGUUGCUUGUCGUUCGGGUUCAAAUAUUUAUGAACUGUAUCUGAGCCAACUAACUUUUUAACAGUCUGAGAUAUUAGGAUGCCAGUGGACUGCAGCCUUGAUGUUGUACAUAAUCUUUCUGAGAUCAUUCUCUCCGGGUUUGCCAUGUAGUGAGUGACCACCUCUAGCUGGGAGGUUUUGCCUGCACAAUAAUCCACCCUUCUGUAUUUAGUAUGUUCCUUUUGUGUCGCACAGUGAUGUUGCUUAGAGUAGGAUCUGGUUGUAGAAAACGUGGAGUCGGGUACGUUAUCAUUACCUCCUGUUUAACUGGGUAGGGAAAAAAUCACAUUUUUUAAAAAGAAAAUCACGUUUUGAUUUAAAAAAAAUAGUUGGGUAAAUUUGGCCAAAACUGUAAAACACAAACCCAGUUUUGUUUUAAAAAGUGUUAAUUGUGAAAAUGUUCUCUUUGUUAUUCUUUAUUUUUAAGAAUUAUGUUGUGAAAUGAUUUUGUUCUCUGUUGCCAUCUGCUCUUUUUAUUUUUUCGUUCAUCAGUGUUAAAAUAAUACUUUGUAAAAAAAGAAAAAAAAAACAAGGUGUUAAAUAUUUUCAGGAUCUUUUUUUUUAAGUUAAGUUUUGAAGAUGCACAUUUAGAGGCUCCAGUUAAGUUGUCGUUCUGAUAUGAUUUAACGCCUCGCUCGAUGUUAAUAAUUCACUGCUUUAUUAAUUCUCUCUCUUUUUAAAAGACGUCUUUUUUCUCCUCUUUGAAAUUGCUUUUAACUUAAAGGACUAACACUAACUGUCGUUUCAUGUCUUACUUGAACCGCUCAACGGUUGGCUGAUUUUCCUGCUGCUGAUUUGGAGUGUAUCGCUGGUGUAAAAACAAGACAUGAUAAGAGAUCUUAAGCUUAAUUAUGCCGUGUAUUAUUACACCUCACUUCUUUGAAUUUGUGUGCACUUGUUAUUCCAAUGUAUCUUGAAUUUUUGAGACUUAAUUUUCCAAAUAAUAAAACCUCAAAUUGGAAA